CAGAAAUCGAGUUUUGAGGGUUGGGAUAAUCAAUACAGAGUUCACCAAAGCGCUACUUCCCCAGCUGAGAAGUGAAGCGGAUAUCUUUAGUUUGGAAAGAGAGGAGAGUGAGUGCCGAUCUGCCCGGACACGAUGGUUCCACUGUUGUAUUUAGGAGGUUUGGUGGUUUCGUUCCUGCUGUGGAUCAAAGUCAAAGGUCUAGAUUACGCGAUAGUUCACCAGAGGUGGAUAUUUGUGUGCUUGUUCCUGCUGCCGCUCUCCGUUAUAUUUGAUGCGUAUUACUAUGCGAGAGCGUGGCUCAUUUUCAAGAUGUGUUCCGCGCCCAAACUGCACGACCAGCGCGUGCGAGACAUCCAGAGACAGGUGCGCGACUGGAGAAAGGAGGGCACUAAGACCUACAUGUGUACAGGUCGCCCCGGCUGGCUCACCGUGUCUCUCAGAGUGGGCAAGUACAAGAAAACCCACAAGAACAUUAUGAUCAACAUGAUGGACAUUCUAGAGGUGGACACAAAGAGGCAGGUGGUUAGAGUUGAACCGCUGGCAAACAUGGGUCAAGUCACCGCUCUCCUCAAUUCCAUCGGCUGGACAUUGCCAGUGCUGCCAGAGCUGGAUGACCUCACUGUGGGUGGGCUAGUGAUGGGUACCGGCAUAGAGUCGUCAUCCCAUAUUUAUGGGCUGUUUCAGCACAUCUGUGUUGCCUAUGAACUGGUUCUAGCUGAUGGCAGUUUAGUACGCUGCACAGAGGAAGAGAACACGGAUCUAUUCCACGCCAUCCCGUGGUCCUGUGGCACUCUGGGCUUCUUGGUUGCCGCUGAGAUUAAAAUAGUCCCAGCUAAGCCUUGGGUGAAGCUGCACUAUGAGCCAGUCAGAGGGCUUGAGAACAUCUGUAAACGCUUCACCGAAGCUUCUGCGAACAAGCAGAACACAUUUGUUGAGGGACUCCAGUAUAGUCUGGAUAGUGCUGUUAUCAUGACAGGAACCAUGACUGACCACGCAGAGCCUGACAAGAUUAACAGAAUCGGCCUGCACUUUAAACCCUGGUUCUUUAAACACGUGGAGGGCUACCUGAAGAAAGACUGCGCUGGAGUUGAGUACAUCCCUCUGAGACACUACUAUCACAGACACACACGCAGUAUCUUCUGGGAGCUUCAGGAUAUUAUUCCGUUUGGCAACAACCCCGUGUUCCGCUGGCUUUUCGGCUGGAUGGUGCCUCCCAAGAUCUCGCUGCUGAAGCUCACCCAGGGAGAAACCAUCAGACGUCUCUAUGAGCAGCACCACGUGGUCCAGGACAUGCUGGUACCCAUGAAACAUCUGCAGGAUGCCAUCACACGCUUCCACAAGGACAUUGAAGUGUACCCACUGUGGCUGUGUCCAUUCCUGCUGCCACCAGGCAGAGGGAUGGUUCACCCUAAAGGUCAAGAGGAGGAGCUGUAUGUAGAUAUCGGGGCUUAUGGGGAACCUAAAGUCAAACAUUUUGAAGCUAAAUCGUCAACAAGCCAGCUGGAGAAGUUUGUCAGAGAUGUUCAUGGAUUCCAGAUGUUGUAUGCAGAUGUCUACAUGGAACGAGAGGAGUUCUGGGAGAUGUUUGAUGGACAGUUGUACCACAAAUUGAGAGAUGAAUUAGGUUGUAAAGAAGCCUUUCCAGAAGUCUAUGACAAAAUCUGUAAAUCUGCCCGACAUUGACCCCUAUCUCCCAUCACCUGGUGCCUGAAUUCAGCCCCGUGUCGCAGAUACACGAAGCUUCUGUCGGCAGCUCACGCUUUCGUGAAAGCUGCUACAUUUUGAAUGUUUCUAGGAAAAAAAAGAGAGCUCAAAAUUUUCUAAAGUGGGACUAAUCACACUGAAAUACUUAUUUUGGAAACCAGCCUGUGGGGACAUUUUUAUCAGUGUGACAAAGAAGCAGAAGCAUUUUAUUAUGAAGGGUUUUUUGUGACUUUUUUGCCUUCAUAUGAAAAUGCAAUGCUUAGUUCAUCUUCAAACUGUUUAAUACUGCACAUAUUAUGCAACUUCUCCCUGUUUGGCAAUUUUGUCUUAUUGUUCCCCUAAGUGCCAUACACUUUGAAGACAUGUAUAAUACAUGGUUCCUGUUUUUCAGUUUUAAAAAGUAUAUAUUGUAACUUAUUUUGAUAUCAGUGUAUGGUUCUACUAUAUUUCCAGGUGUGUAUAACAUGUAAUUAUAACUUUUCCUACAAUAAAGCUCAUUGCCAUGC